GUCAUCAUUCCAGUAGACUGCUAACGCUGGCUGGAGCCCGCAGUGCAAGGAGGAGCUGUAUUUUCGACAGGUUUUCGUAAAUUUUGAUGAAACCAGGAUCUCUCAACGACUCAAGACUAAAUCGAAGGAUACUUGUGUAACGGAUCUCUAUUCGGUCGUCCCGACGCUCAGACACAGGAAGAAGAGGAAGAAAAAAGUUUUGAAGAAGACACGAGCAAAGGAUUAGGAUUGAAGAAGUAGGACAUUAAGCGUAACCCAGGCAGCCACGACUAAGGCAAAGAUGUUCCGUGGUGGUGGAGGUGGACGAGGCCGCGGUGGGGGCAGUUGGCGUCCCGGUGGCGUAGGAGGAGGUGGCUUCCGAGGCGGGCGCGGCGGUCAACAAAAUAGUAGCAGUAAUAAUAAUUCUCGCUCGCAAAACUCAAACCAACAGCAGCCGCAGCAGCAGCCGCAGCAGCAGCAGCAGCAGCAGCAGCAGCCACAACAGCAGCAGCAGCAGCAGCAGCAGCAACAGCAGCAACAGCAGCAGCAACAGAAUAAUCAGAGUAAGCAAGGCAAUCAAACCUCCAACAAUCAGCCGCAACAGCAACCUCAACAACAGCAAAGUAAUCGUGGCGCUGGUGGCAGUGGAAAUUUCCCGAAUCAGCAACAACAGCAAAAUCGCACCCCCCAAGGAACCCCACAGUCGAAACAAUCCACGCCACAAACGACUCCCAAGCAAGGGACACCACAGCAAGCUCAGAAGCAAACCCCCCAACAGCAAAAACAAAACCCGCCACAAAAUCAGGAUCAGUCUAAUAAGGCUCAAACCUCCACUCCUCUCGGAGGGCUUCCCCAAAGAGACAAUAACAAGGGCAAAGCCCCUAGCAUCACAGUGCCGCCUCCUCCACCGCCUCAAAACGGCAAUCAGAAACCUUUUACACCCCAGAAUAAGAAUGGUACUCCAAACACUAAUCAGAAGACUCCUCAGGGUCAGCAACAAGCCCAAAAUCGCCCUAGUCAAACGAGUCCAAACAAAACGCCGACGCAGAAUAAUCAACAAGGACAACAAGGGCAGCAGACACAACAGAACCAACAGGAACAAAGCGCGGGCGGGUCAAAUAAUGAUGAUCCGAACUCGGAUAACACGAAGCUCUUUAUCGCAACCGUAAAACAAGGUAUAACCGACAAGGAGUUUCGUGAACUGUUUUCUAAAUUUGGAAAGCUGAAAGACGUUUACCUUAAUAAAAAUAAAUGGUUCGGUCUAGUGACAUUUGAAACGCAUGCUGACGCAAACUCAGCCCGGAAGCAUUAUAUAAAUUCAAAUAUCCUUAAACUUAAGUGGGCACAGUCAGCACCAAAGGAAACGCCACUGAUUCUUAAUCAAAACAACCAAGAGCAGACGCCAGUUAAAAAGGAGUCGAGUUCAAAGUGUCGCUUGUUUAUCGGCAAUCUUUCACCAGAGGUCACUCCAGAUAAUAUUCGCAAGCUGUUUGAGCCUUAUGGAACAAUUAUGGAAUUAUUUGUUCCCCCAGGAAAAGGUUUUGGUUUUGUUCGCUAUGAAACACGGGCCAGUGCUGAGGCAGCCAAAAACGCCCUCGAAGGAGAGCCAUUUGCUAACCGACAGCUGCAGAUUCGUUUUGCGUCACAAGGCGCUGUGCUCAAGGUGCGAAACCUUAGCCCCUUUGUGACAAACGAAUUGCUUCACCAAGCGUUUGAGCCUUUUGGCGAGCUCGAACGAGCCACAGUAUUCGUAGACGAACGAGGUAAGUCACUCGGUGAAGGCAUUCUUGAGUUUUCUCGCAAACCAGUCGCCGUAGCAGUUAUGCGCAAGGCGCAACAGGAGUGCCUCUUGUUAACGACGUCGCCUCUGCCUGUAAUCAUCGAGCCGAUGGAAGUGCGUGACGAUGAAGACGGCUUCUCGGAAAAGAUGAUUAACAAGCAGAGUACCGGCUACCUAAAAGAUCGUGACAAAGCGCCCCGUUUUGCAGAGAAAGGGACAUUUGAAUACGAAUUUGCUAUGAAAUGGAAGGAACUGCUUGCGUUGGAGAAGUUGAAGAAAGAACAGGUAGAUCGAGAGUUACAACUUGAAAAAAAUCGUCUCAUGGAAGAGAUGGAUAUAAUGCGAUAUGACUAUGAUUUAGACACGCUACGGCGACGAUUAAAGUUGCUUGAAUCUCGACAAGAGGAAUUUGAAAAUCGCAAAUUAGUUGCGGAAAAGAAUAACAAAGCACGUGAAGAGGAGCUCAAGGUUAUGCGUAAAACAAUAGCUAAGCGACAAGCCGAAAUCCUUGGAUAUCCAUAUGAAGACGAGGAUGAAAAGUUGCAGCAGCAGCAACAAUCACAGCCAAUGCAACAACAGACAGGACCAGGUAAUUCUAACCAACAGCUUUUAAGUGGGCAUCCCGUAGCUGACGCGGUGUUAGGAGCCGCUCUUGUUGUGCCCCCGGCCGAACAGCAACAGCCGUCGGCAGCAGCGGAGAACUUCUUGAAACAAUGGAACUCGAUCACGAAAGGCGUCUCUUCAUCACAGGAUCAACAAGCACAACAAGCUCAGCAAGCACAACAACAGCAGCACCAAGGCAAUAACAAGAUGGCGCCUGGUCAAUCAAUGCCGCCGCAGCAAACGCCGCCCCAAGGGCAGAGGCCUCCUCCACCUAACAGUUGGCAGGAAGUUCCACUGCCGCCAUCGCAAGCAAACAAGGCUCAACCAAACCCCAACAAGCCAGCAUAUAUGUCUUAUCUAGGGCAACAGCCCAACGGUAAGAGGUUAAGUGAUCCUGGACCAGUACCGAAACGUAGAAGAUAUUAAGCGUAAAUCUGAAAUUCUGCGCUUCUAAUGUUUCUCCGAUCAAUCAAUUAACUAUUACUAGUACUACUUAAAUGAUUAAGUGUUGCGUUCUGAACCGCCAUUAGAGGCCCCACAUCAAAUUACUGCUACAAGAAUUAAUUAAUGGAAACACUACUAUUGAUUUCUUCAUCCGAUAUACACGACAAAAGUAUUGUGCCCCUCCCUCUUUGUGUCUGCAGCAAGCAAAGCUGCAACAAUUUCAGUGUUUUUGUUUUUUCCAUGUUGUUCAUUUUUGUGAAUGCUUGUUAAAGCAGUAACGAUAGCUAGAGGAAGGACUAUCAUUAAUAAGACUGCAUAAUAUAGCAGAAUGUAUCAUCAUCAGCCAUCGGCUGCAUGACUGGCCGUGCCACCGGAAACACAAACUAUACUUUACCAACCAACCAUUCACCCAUAAAUUCAGAUUCUUAUAUAUACACUAUAUACAUAGUAAAUUUUACUAACGUAUAGUAAGUAGACUGCGAAUUUAUCGUUCUAUUGGAAUGUAACAGUGUGUCUUAACAUUUACGCGGUCACCCUUCCACUCCGUAUGGCAGAAAGAGCUAAAUAUAUAAUAUUACAAAUAUAAAUAGAUGGAUAAUAAACACGACCUGUAUUUAUAU